AAAAGUUGUCCAAUUAUUGCUUGCUGCUUGGUUGGAAAGAGAGAACGUUGCUAGGCAGAAGCUUUGUCAACUAGAUGAGAAGCAACUUCAGUAUGUUCAAAAUCACAACGAGAAUUCCAGUUUCAAAUCCCAGCUACUUUCUUCGUAAAAAUGUUAAACAAUUGCUGUCUUACAUCUUCUUCUUUUCGUACGUGUACUUCUUGUGUUCCCCUGCAGCAUAUUCCGAGGCUAGAGAUAUUUUGAAGCUCGGCGAGAAGAUUACAGACAAUGGACCAACUCUUAUCUCCGCUGGAGGGAAGUUUGAACUGGGAUUCUUUACCCCUAUGGGAAAGUCUAGCGGCAUCAGGUUCGUUGGGAUAUGGUAUCACAGUUGGCCAAAUCAAACUGUUGUGUGGGUUGCCAACCGUGACAACCCGAUACCGAAGGAUUCCACUGGGGUUUUUGGAACUGACGAAGAUGGAAACCUCAGGGUAUCCGACACCACUGGCACUGGGAAUGAUUACUGGUCUAUUAUUAUCCGUAGAACCCCCAUUAAAAAUGGGUACGUGAAACUCAUGGAUUCUGGAAACCUGGUCUUGACGGAUGUUAGUAAUAGCAGGGUGGUAAAUCUGUGGGAGAGCUUCAAAGAUCCAGCUGAUACGUUUCUUCCAGGUAUGAAAAUGGUAGAAGGCCUAGAGUUGGCUUCGUGGAAAGGAAGGGAUAACCCGGGAACUGGGGUUUUCAAGUUUAAGCUACAAGCUGAAAGGGAUCGGUAUGUCGUUUCAAAAAAUUCGGAUGAAUACUGGGUAAGUAAAAGUGAGUUCCUCAGUUCGGAUGAGAUGCCUGAUGCCAUAGAUAAGUUACUAUCAUAUUCCAACAAUUCUGACCCCUUGAUCCAAGAAUCAAGGUUGGUGAUGGAUUACUCAGGGCAGUUACAGUACUGGUAUUCUCAAUUUUUGAUGUUGUGGGAACCGGAAAACAAUUGUAGUAUUUAUGAUGCAUGCGGAAAAUUUGGCAGCUGCAAUAUUAACAAUAGGUUAGUAUGCAAAUGUUUGCCGGGGUUCAAGCCUAGUAGUCCGGAGGAUUGGAAAGCUAGAGAUUUUUCUGGCGGGUGUACCAGAAUUUCGACAGCACUCAGCUCCAGAGACAAGUUCUUGAGCUUAAAGAUGAUGAAAGUGACCGACCCAGAUAAAACGGAGUUUGUAGAAGAUGAAGAAGAAUGCAGAAAGUUGUGCCUUGACAGCUCCCGGUGCCAGGCUUACUCAUAUACAAAUAAUGGAGAGAGGAAAGGCCGAAUCGGUACUACUAAUAAGAUCAACCUCUGCCCAAUUUGGACGGAGGAAGUGCGUAAUCUUCAAGAGGAGUACAAAGGCCAUGGUCGCGAUCUCUUCGUCCGCGUAGCUGAAUCUGAUAUAGAAACGACUGCAAGGAAUUGUGAGCCUUGUGGCACAAACACGAUCCCCUAUCCACUGAGCACCAGUCUAAAUUGUGGUGACACAACGUACUUCAGUUUUUACUGCAACAUGUCCUCUGGCCAGGUCAGCUUCAACGCUCCCAGUGGCAACUAUUGUGUAACUAGUAUCAAUCCAAGUACCCGAAACUUUUUCAUCCGUCCUAAUGAUAAAAGUCUUAAUGAUAAAAAUCCAAGACGAGAUCUGCAGCUCAAUCCGGCAUUGCCAUUUUAUGUGAGCGAUGAUGAUUCGGGCAAGUCUAGUUCGGAAGUGGAGAUUAGUUGGGAUCCACCAGGGGAACCAUCCUGUUCUUCAUGGGCAGACUGCAAGGAUUGGCCACAAUCAACUUGCAAUCCAAGAGGACAUGGAAAGAGGUGCCUUUGCAACCGAAACUUCCAAUGGAAUGGUUUAAAUCUAAAUUGUACCAAAGAAAGUGAUUCGGGAGAGCCUUCAGAAAGCAAGGUGAAAUUGCUUCUGGUUGUUGUGUCAACUUUAGCAUGUGUGAUUGCUCUCACAUGUAUCAUUAUAGGCAUAUAUAUAUGGAGAAAAAAGAUUUCCAAGACACAAGCAAACAGAGAAAGUAAUAAAAGAAACCGAGCACUUCACACAUUACACAGUGAGAGACAUGUCAAAGAUUUGAUUGACUCGGGUGAGAUCAAAGAAGAAGAUGAAGGCAUAGAUGUCCCCUUUUUUGACAUGGAAAGCAUACUAAUUGCUACAGAUAGCUUCUCAGAUGAAAACAAACUCGGACAGGGGGGCUAUGGGCCUGUUUAUAAGGGCACAUUUCCAGGAGGUCAAGAAAUUGCUGUAAAGAGGCUCUCAAGUGUCUCUGGACAGGGCUUACAGGAAUUCAAAAAUGAGGUCGUGUUGAUUGCCAAACUCCAACAUAGAAAUCUUGUUAGACUUCGAGGGUAUAGCAUAAAAGGAGAUGAAAAGAUUUUGCUCUAUGAGUACAUGCCAAACAAAAGCUUAGACUCAUUUAUAUUUGAUCAAAAGCUAAGCGUGCUUUUGGAUUGGAAGAUUCGAUUCAACAUCAUCUUGGGAAUAGCUCGAGGACUUCUUUAUCUUCACCAAGAUUCCAGAUUAAGGAUUAUCCAUAGAGAUCUGAAAACCAGCAACAUUCUUCUUGAUGAGGAGAUGAACCCCAAAAUAUCUGACUUUGGCUUGGCGAGGAUUGUUGGAGGCAAAGAAACUGGGGACAACACGACCCAAGUAGUUGGAACUUACGGCUAUAUGUCUCCAGAGUAUGCGUUAGAUGGACAAUUCUCAUUCAAAUCUGAUUGUUAUAGUUUUGGAGUUGUUCUCCUUGAGAUUAUAAGUGGAAAGAAGAACACACGAUUUUAUCAGUCAGAAAAAGCCAUGAGCCUUAUAGGAUAUGCAUGGAGAUUGUGGGUAGGAAACAUGGUGUUGGAUUUAAUGGACCAGACACUGCAUGAAGUUUGCAAUGCUGACCAGUUCGUGAAGUGUGCUAACAUUGCACUCUUAUGCGUACAAGAAGACCCAAAUGACCGUCCCACCAUGUCCAAUAUUGUUACCAUGCUUGACAGUGAAACUGCGACAGUUCCAACUCCGAAAAAACCAGCUUAUCUUCCAACUCCAAGGAGAGACCUUUCUAGCACAGCUAGUUCUUCUAGUAGACUAGACACACAUACAGAAGUAACUGGUAGUCUAGGAGAAACAAAAUAAUGUAUGAUUCUCAGAUUGUGUUGGAUGUGAAGCACCCUGAAGCUUGCUCUGUGAUUAGUUAGCUUUGUGGUGCACUUAUUGUUGCUUGAUUUGGUUAAAAUUGUAGUCUGAAGCAUUGUGUAUUCCUCUGCUUUUCUGCUGCUUGUAUACCGCUCAACUUUGGUUUUACCUAAAAUUGUGCUGGAAAUGUAGUACUGUACAGUUUGGAGCAGCUCUGUUUAGGUCCCACUAUAGUUGCAGGAAAAAAUGAAGUCUUCAAGGCUUAUUAUCCCUUCAA